GGUCUCUACCCUUGGCACGACUCAUCCAUACAGGUAGCUGGGAGGUGACGAGGCACAGAAGGAGACUGGCAGGACGUGGCAAGAUGACAGUAGGACAGGUACAUAAGACAACUAUAUAAUGAGAGCUGGUCCUCGAGGUACAACUACACCAUGAGCAGCAACACAAUAUCAAUAAUGUGGUCUGUUACUGUAUCGAUAUUUGCUAUUGGAGGUCUUGUAGGGGCUCUAAUUGUGAUACCAAUGGUUAAUACCUUAGGAAGAAAAAAAACAUUGCUUAUCAACAACCUAUUUGCACUUGUAGCUGCAUUACUGAUGUCAUCUGCAAAUUUAGCAGGGGUACCGGAAAUGGUGAUUCUUGGUCGCUUUUUAAUAGGAAUCGAUGGAGGUAUAGCACUGAGUACCCUCCCAAUGUAUCUUAAUGAGAUAUCACCAAAGAGGAUCCGUGGGUCUCUGGGUCAGAUUACUGCAAUACUGAUCUGUGUGGGGGUAUUUACUGGUCAGGUCUUGGGUUUGCCAGAAAUAUUUGGAAAGGAAUCCCUAUGGCCCUGUUUGUUCGGGUUCAUCCUGGUCCCUGCAGCGAUACAAGUUGUGAUUUUGCCAUUUUUUCCAGAAAGUCCGCGAUAUCUUUUACUAGAAAAGCAAGAUACAAAGAAAGCUGAAAAAGCUUUCCGCACAUUCCUUGGAAGGAAGGACGUGUCUCAAGAUAUUGAAGCUGUGCUGGCAGAGACCAGGAUACAGAGGAACAGUGAUUUGGUGUCUGUAUUUGAACUUUUAAGGACACCUACAGUAAGAUGGCAGAUCAUAACCGUGAUAGUAGUCAUGGCUUCUUACCAGCUCUGCGGCCUGAAUGCUAUUUGGUUUUAUACGAACAGCAUAUUUAAAGAAGCUGGUAUACAACCUCAAACAAUUCCAUACAUCACCUUAUCCACAGGGGGCAUUGAAAUUUUGGCAGCUAUUUUAUCUGGAAUGACAGUGGAAAAACUUGGAAGAAGAGUUCUUCUUAUUGGUGGUUUUGGGUUGAUGACGAUAUUUUUUGGAAUACUAACUAUAUCACUAACUUUUCAGGACCGCGCACCAUGGAUACCGUACAUUAGCAUUGUGUGCAUUCUGGGUGUAAUUGCAUCAUUCUGCAUCGGACCAGGUGGCAUCCCUUUCAUCCUGGUAGGAGAGUUUUUUCAGCAGUCUCAGCGACCGGCAGCCUUCAUGCUCGCUGGUACCGUCAACUGGAUCAGCAACUUUGCAGUUGGACUUCUCUUUCCUAUAAUCCAGGAAGGCUUGGGCGAAUACUGCUUCCUGGUGUUCGCUGCAAUUUGCCUGUCUGGGGCCAUCUACCUCUUUUUUGUGUUGCCAGAGACAAAGAACAAGACAUUCAAUGAAAUCAACCAGGAAUUUGCAAAGAGAAAUAAAAUUCCUCCUUCUGCAAAGGAACUUGAGAAGUAUCCACCAGAAGAGAAGCCGGUGGAACAGCUAGAGAAGAAUGACUUUGACUCUCCUUACAGUGACCACAAUGACCUGCAGAUGGAACACCUGGAACAGGCAUAAAAUGUGUAAAGCUUGUAGAUAUAACUCUGGGUUCUCAUGUAGUGGCUGUAAUGACAAGCAAGUCAAUAUGGUUAUCAAACCGAAUUCAAGCUUUGAUAUUGCACUGACUUGCAUGUCAUGAUUUAGUCCGCAUUAUAGCCACUAUGUGAAAAACCAAACUCAAGAAUAGUGGGGAGCAACAAUGGCUACUGUGUAGAGCCAUACAGUUCUAACGUAUGUGGUAUAACCUCAUGUCUUUUAUUGUUUCAGUGCAAUUCUUACUGUACUAAAAAAAAAAAAAAAAAAAGCCAUGCAAUUUACAUAUAAAUUAUACUGUAAAAAUUCUUUGUUUCUGGUAAAUGGAGAAUAAAGUAAAAAAAUAA